UCAUUUCUUCCGUUGUCAGCACUGCUACAGAAGACGCGGAGAUUACAGACUCAUUGUUUCUGCCUGCUACGCUCGACGAGUGCCGAAGGAAAAGUUACUACUCUAGAUUUGUCUUUGAGAGUGGUAGCUCGCAGUGCUACCUGCAACAUGCCCUCGGUGUCCUACGCCAUCCGGCAGCUGAUGGCUAGGGACAGCCCACAGCUGGUGGACUUCCUGCGUCGGUUCUUCCUGAGGGACGAGCCGCUCAACGCAGCCAUGGGUAUCAUGGCCAACGGGCGACAGUCCUGGCCAGAGCAAGAGCGCUUCCUUCUCGAGCCUCUGUCCCAAGGUGUUUCUUUGCAAGCAGUCGAUACCAUGAGUGGCAAGAUUAUGGGAGUCUUCAUAAACCACUUGCACCAACCUGGACAUGAAGGGGAGGCUGUCAGAGAGGUUGAGACCUGUCCAGAUCCAGCCUUCCGUGAGAUCCUGCGGUUCACCACCUCUGUUGAUCUCCAGGUGUCUGAGAAAUUGCGUGCACUGUUCCCUGAUGUACACCUUCACCGGUUGGAGAUUGUAGCUGGGUCUGUCGACCCAGCUGCCAGGAAUUGUGGAAUUGGCGUUGCCCUCGUCGAGCACACCAAGCAACUGGCGAAGGAUCAAGGUAUACCACUGGUGAGAGUUGACUGCUCCAGUGUGUUCUCUGCAAAGGGCAUUGAACGUUGUGGAUUCCAAAAGAUCUUUUCCAUCAGAUAUGACUCUUAUAAAUGUGAUGGGAAAGUACUUUUCCCUCCUACAAAAGAGUCUGGUGAUGAGUACAUUACCUAUGUCAAUAGGAUAACUCCUAGGCCACAUGUUAUCCCUUUACAUGCAGCUGCUAACAUGCAGUGCCAUAUUUGAAUGAUACACAGACGUUUAACUUAUCUCUUUAGAGGCCACAUACUGAGCUGACUUUCUUUUUGUUAUUGGGAUUUACCUGGCUCCAAUGAAAAAUUAAAAAAAAAAAAUCACAUUUACUAAUUCAAUUGUCAUCGGAUCUCUAGAUUGCCAAGGCAGUUCAGGCAGUAACUCAUGUAUGAUGAUUUUUGUAAAGUAAAUUUGUUUGAGUAGUAGGUUUUACAUAGAUAGAUAAUCUAUUGAAUAGUUGUAUCCCAAGUGAUAACAUUACGACAGUGUAUAAGUUCAUAGCAUUUUUCCAUAAGUUUACUAAACACAACAGAUGCUUGUAACAGAGACUUGUCAUCAAUAAUAUAUCCUCCUACACUAUUUACAACAAUCUGCCAAUGCUAGGGUACAUUUUUGCUUCCACAACUUCAGAAAUCAUAUGGUAUUGAGGCGAAGAACAUGUCAAAUCGUGUUUGGAGCACAUUUGCAUCUGGAAAGGAAAUUGCUUGAAGGUAGUUUGAUAGAGAGCAAGAAGGGUGAGGGCGCAAGAGUGGGUGAAUAAGAUGGCUGAAAAAUGACUUACCAACCCAACUCUUGUAUAGCAUUUGCUGCCAGUCUAGCAGAAUCCAAGCAGGCAUCGUAGUGGAGUAACAUCACUUCACUCAGUCUUCAUGGUUGUCGUUCUCGGACUAUAUCUGCAAGACAUUAAAGUUUUUGACAAAGACAAUAAUAAUAAAGGUUACACCUCAGAGAAGCAAUUCAUAGUACACCACACCAUUUCUGUUCCACUUUAUCUUUUGUAGACGUGCACAGGUCUUUGUACAGGGAGUUCUUGCUUCAUUGGGGCUCCACCUUUCCCUUCCUUUCUUUUCCUUACGUUAGCAUGAAGACACAUUUCUCAUCACAGAAAUGAUACAUGAUAGGAAUAGUCAGUGUUGUUCAUGAGCCAAUUGUGAUGAAGAGGCAGAGAUGCACAUACCGCUAGCUGCUGGUUUUUAUGACUUUGGAUUAGAGCAUGUGGUACCUAUACAGGAGAUUUUGAAACUUUCCCACCACAUGCAAGUGUUGCACAAUGAUGGAAUGAUCAAUUAUUGACAUUUGCCAUUUCUUGAGUACACUGAUGUGGAUCAUUGUGGAUUAAUGCAUUUAAAUGAUCUUCAGCAAACCCUAAAGGUCUUUCUGAAUGCGCAGAGUCUACAUCUACAUCUACAUCCAUACUACGCAAGCCACCUGACGGUGUGUGGCGGAGGGUACCUUCAGUACCUCUAUUGGUUCUCCCAUAUAUUCCAGUCUCUUAUCGUUCGCCUCUGUGUGGGCUCUAAUCUCUCUGAUUUUAUCCUCAUGGUCUCUUCACUAGAUAUACGUAGGAGGAAGCAAUAUACUGCUUGGCUCUUCGGUGAAGGUAUGUUCUCAAAACUUCAACAAAACAUCCACUGGAGUUUAUCUAUCAUCCUUAACGCAUUUGCGAUUACUACAUGAUCCUGUAAUGAAGCGCGCUGCAGUCUUCCUCUGUGAAACUGCUUUGGAAAAGACAUUUAGUAUUUCAGCCUUUAGUGUGUCAUCCUCUGUUUCAGUAUCAUUUUGGUCACAGAGUGUCCGGACAUUUUGUUUUGAUCCACCUACCGCUUUCAUAUAAGACCAAAAUUUCUUACGAUUUUCUGCCAAGUCAGUACAUAGAACUUUGCUUUCGAAUUCAUUGAACGCCUCUCGCAUAGCCCUCCUCACACUACAUUUCACUUCGUGUAAUUUUUGUUUGUCUGCAAGGCUUUGGCUAUGUUUAUGUUUGCUGUGAAGUUCCCUUUGCUUCCACAGCAAUUUUCUAACUCGGUUGUUGUACCACGGUGGCUCUUUUCCAGCUCUUACGAUCUUGCUUGGCACAUACUCAUCUAACACAUAUUGUAGAUGGUUUUGAACUUUGUUCACUGAUCCUCAACACUAUCUGUACUUGAGACAAAACUUUUGUGUUGAGCCAUCAGGUACUCUAAAAUCUGCUUUUUUUCACUUUUGCUAAACAGAAAAAUCUUCCUACCUUUCUUAAUAUUUCUAUUUAGGCCUGAAAUCAUCGAUCCAGUAACCGCUUUAUGAUCGCUGAUUCCCUGUUCUGCGUUAACUGUUUCAAAUAGUUCGGGUCUGUUUGUCACCAGAAGGUCUAAUAUGUUAUUGCCACGAGUCAGUUCUCUGUUUAACUGCUCAAGGUAGUUUUCAGAUAAAGCACUUAAAAAAAUUUCACUGGAUUCUUUGUCCCUGCCACCCACUAUGAACGUUUAAGUCUCCCAGUCUAUAUCCGCCAAAUUAAAAACUCCAGCCAGAACUAUAACAUGGUGGGGAAAUCUACUCGAAAUAUUUUCCAAAUUAUCCUUCAGGUGCUCAGCCACAACAGCUGCUGAGCCAGGAGGCCUAUAGAGACAUCCAAUUACCAUGUCUGAGCCUGCUUUAACCGUGACCUUCACCCAAAUUAUUUCACAUUUCAGAUCUCCAUCAGUUUCCAUCGAUAAUAUUGCACUUUUUAUCACUAUAAACACGCCUCCCCCUUCACUGUCCAGCCAUCUCUGCAGUAUACAUUCCAAUCUGAGUUUAGGAUUUCAGUACUGUUUACAUCUGGUUUCAGCCAUCUUUCGGUCCCUAGUACUAUGUGGGCAUUGUGACCAUUUAUUAAUGAGAGCAGUUCUGGGACCUUUCUAUAGAUGCUCCUGCAGUUUACUAUUAGCAGAUUAAUAUUGUUAUUCCCUGUUGCAUUUUGCCUACUCCUACCUUGCCGCAUCUCAGGAGGCAUCUUCUCGGGCCUAGGGAGGGAAUUCUAUAACCUAAAAAACCCACAUGUGCACUCCACACGUACUCCGCUACCCUUGUAGCUACUUAUUGCAUGUAGUGCAUGCCGGCAAGAGUGAUUGGUGCUGACAUGAGCAACAAUUUGCAGUCGGGUGCACCUAGUGCUCUCUAUCGCCGCCAGAAGGGCCUCCUCCACAUCUCGGAUGAGAUCCCCUGGCAAGCAGACAGAGUGAACACUGGCCUUCUUCCCCGACCUUUCCGCUAUUUCCCUAAGGGGCUCCAUCACUCGCCUAACGUUGAAGCUCCCAAUAACUAAUAAACCCCUCUCCCCGUGUGCCUGCUCGGAUCUUGCUGAAGGAGUGGCCACAUGUCCACUCACAGGCAGAGCGGGUGAUGCCACAUGGCCAGCCUCCACAUUGACCCUCCACCUCAUGCGCCGCGAAUGCCGCUGAACCCGCCACUCCCCUUGGGGAGAGGGUGGCCCAACCACGGCCGGUACCCGCGAAGAUGUCUCAACAGCAGGGACACCAUGUAACACCUGGGGUGUACCAUGUGACGCACCAGACUCACCACUGCCGCUACACUCCGAGGCAGCAGCUUGAAGACGGCUGACCACGGCCAUCAACAUGUUCAGCUGUUCGUGAACAGUGGCCAGCUCCUCUUGCAUCUGUACACAGCAGUCACACAUCCUAUCCAUCCUAAGAAAUCAAUUUACUGUAGAGAGUUAAUUAACUUUUAACUAGACUGCUAAUUCACUAAAAGUGGCUGAUAGUUGACUAUACUGUGGUUACUAGACACUUCUUGUAGAAAUGAAUGAAAAUAGCACUACCUGUCUCUGGACUGUAUUCAAUCUAAUGUAUCAAUGAUCCUUCUUAAAAUGAGAAAACUAUUUUCUUACCAUGGUCUGUCCAAUGGCAUUAUCCACAUACAUGGUGCAAAUGUUUCUGGUUCAUUUGCUAUCACCAUUUUACUGAUCUUGAACAGAAGCAUAUGUUGGAAAUGUUCUGAUUUCUCCAUUUGGCAUUUCAUUUUCUAGUGUGUAUAGCUCCACUCACUAUCUCAAAAUGACAAAUUGACAAUAUGUAAACUCAAACAGCAACAGUGAACAAGAAAGAAAAAAAUAAUGGCUGGUAAAUAAACUCAUAACAACUGAAUUAAUAAUGUGCAAAACAAAAACACUAUGAACUUAUGCGCAGAAUAUUUUUUUGUACAUAUUUGUAUUGAAGUGUCACCAUUUACCCUUGUACUUUAACCACACAGACU